AUGACCCGGCAGUGCGUCUGGUCCCUGCGGCUCCUACUCGUGCUGCAACCCCUUUGGCUGCUGGUCCUGGCUGCCCCGCUUCCAGAGUGGGCCCGGGACCUGACUAAACCCUGGUCUUCGCCCUCCCCUGAUCACUUACCGGAAUCGCCCCACAAGCUUAUAUCCUUGCCUGAGCCAGAGGGCUCUGACUACAUGGAUCCUCCCGCUCCAGCCCAGAUGCUGGCCCCGCCUCAGGAAUUAACUGAGACUUUGGACAUGGAUUCAGCUACAGACCAGUUUGCUGGCACACAUCAGGAUCUUAAUGACCACCUAACUCCACAUCAGAAGCUUCCAGAGGUGGGACCUGUGCUAGACUGGGAGCAGAAUCAGGCCUUAGCUCUGCCUCCUCAACUCAAAAGUAAGAUUGAACCUCCAGGUAUGAGUCAGGCUGAAGGUCACCAGUCAUUUGAAAUACUUGUACCACCUCUAGAUAGUCAUAGUUCAAGAGCAACUAAGUUUACUGUUUCACCUCCAAACCUGAAAAAGGAUCUAGCACAGCAUAGACAACUUGCUAAAGUUGUUGUUGGAACUUCAGGCCAAUUAGCAAAAAUAACAAACAGACUAAAUCAACCAGAGAAUGACUACCUUCUAGACCCAAGUUUUGAUGUAUUAUAUCCUUCAGACAGCCUACCCCUAGAAUUCCUAGGGACCCCAGCGUCACCAACCUCUUGGCAUCGUCAGCCUCCAGAUCCCCCUGAGGAGGUUGGAUUUGAGCCUACUCUACCUUCUGAUAUGGAAGGUCCUGAGCUUCCUGAGGAGGAGGAACCUUCAGUCCAACAAGAGGCUCCUCAGGCAAUGAAACCUUUCAUAGCCCAUCAGGAAGUUCCAAAUCUGCCUCCAGAGUCCGCUACGGAGAUGGAACGAUUUCCACUCCAGCAGGAAGGCCCAGUUGAGACUUUGCAGACCACUGAAGAGGAUAAACCUCCAGUCCCAGAGGAGGUCCCAUCUAAGCCUUCAGAACCCCCUCAUAAGUUAGAACCUUCUCCAGUGCAACAGGAAACCCCAUUUCAGACUCCAGAAGUACUUGAGGAGAUUACAACUCCAAGUUCAGUGCAUCAUGAGAUGACUCUUCAACCUCCAGGGCAGAAUCAAAUUCAUCAUUCAACCGUGCCCACUGUCACAAUUAAACCAGUGGAUGUGGAGCUUGCCCUAACUCAAGAGCCUACUGAGGAAGUACAAUCAUGUCCAACUCAGCAGGAAGGCCUAGCAUAG